AUGGCGAAGGUGGAGGUGGUAGUGAGUACGGAUGUUAUACUCGGGGUGAUGUUGAUUGGCCCUGUCGCCGGUGAAGGUGGCGCCGCUGAUGGUGUGGAAACAACAGCAGGAAACAAAAGUAAUAGUGAUGAAAAUGUCAGGAAUGGAACCCUCUGCCCCAGCCCUCUGCCCCAGCCCCCCCAGCCCUCCCAGCCCUCUGCCCAGCCCUCUGCCCAGCCCUCUGCCACCAGCCCUCUGCCACCAGCCCUCUGCCCAGCCCUCUGCCCGCCCCUCUGCCCCAGCCCUCUGCCCCAGCCCUCUGCCACCAGCCCUCUGCCCCAGCCCUCUGCCACCAGCCCUCUCUCCCCAGCAGCCCUCUCCCCAGCCCUCUUCCCCAGCCCUGCCCCAACCCUCUGCCCUAGCCCUCUGCCCAGCCCUCUGCCCCAGCCCUCUGCCCCAGCCCUCUGCCCCAGCCCUCUGCCCCAGCCCUCUUCUCUGCCCCAGCCUCUUCCCCAGCCCUCUGCCCCAGCCCUCUUCCCAGCCCUCUCGCCAUCCUGA